GCGUCACGCAGCAGUCCGAGGCGCCUUUGACUUCGACAAACCGUACUCCAAAACAUGGCGCCUCAAAGAAAGCGCGACAACCGCGAGAAUGCGUUCUUCAACGUUGGUGUGCAGGGAAGAAAGACCGGUAUCACUCUUGAAGAACGCGCCCGCGACGAACACGGUAUUGAAGCUAUCUCGGGCAUCUUCUCAUCGCCAGCGAAGUCCCCACCGAAGCGUGGAAGCACAGUGACAGGGUCGGAAUCCAUGGAUAUCCAAGAAAGUUCGAUACCAGCUAUCAUCACAUCUGCUGCGAUCUUACGCAAUGACCGCACUCGCCUGCCACCACCGAAAUCGCGAUCGCCUAUGAAAACUGCCCUUGGGUCAUCUCCGCGCCGACGAUCGUCCAUGGCACCGCGCGGCAGUUCGAUCGGUCUGUCGAGCCCCACCCGCGCAACCUCACAUCCAGCGGUAGCCAGGCGGCUAGAUUUCGAAGUGGAGGAGGAGGAGGAGGAGGAGGAGGAGGAUGAAAGUCUGCAAGAGACACCGGCGCUCAGUGGCUCAGGACAGCGCCGUGGGAAGCGCAAUGAUAUCUAUGCAUUGGAGCGCUCGCCCAGUCGGCCGCACAGCGCCAUUAUGGAGGAGAGCGAGUUGCAGGAGCAGAUCACGGCAAACAACGACGAAGACGAGGAGCUACCAGUCAUGACCGAGGUCGAGCAAAGUUUCGUUGCGCAAAUCGGGGACGACACGAUGACUGGCGCCGACGCAGUCGAAUCGUUCUCGGAGGGGGAGACCCAGGAGGACACCCAGGUGGAAGAGGAGGUCGUGCCAGAACCAGUGAAGGAGCCAGCGAAACAACGAGGGAGGAAGCGCAAAAGUGAUCAGGCAGCGGCGGUCGAAGAGGAGAGCCCGAAACCAACAAAGGCACGCAAACGUGGGCCACCUGCAGCGCAAGCGCCUGAGCCAGCGAAAAAAGGCAAGAAGACCGCGCCUGCGCCUGCUGCUCCUGCACGUCGCUCGAAGCGCGUGUCUGACAUCACCGAACAAGAGCCCAGUAUCUUCGAGGCAUCAACGCUUGACGAUUAUGCCGUUGCUGAACCAUCCGAGGUGGUAGACGAGGUACAUGUAGCUCCAAAGCGCCGCGGGCGGCCGCCGAAGGGCCAGAACGAAGCCGAAGCUGAGCCGGCGGCUUCAGUCAAAACAACGAAGAAGGCUGCAGCAAAGGACGCGGCGAAAGACAAGUCAGAACCAAUGUUCAAGAAGCCCGGUAGACCAGCAGCGAAGCCAAAGGAGAAGCUGGCACCAAAGAGCAAGGAGAAUGCGAGAACCUCAGACGGCGUGGCCGAGGACGAAGCUGGACGGCCAGUGGACGCAUACGGUAACCCUCUUAGCAAGGCGGAUAUCGAGCAGAUGUCCACAACAUCAGUUGGGUCACGAUACGGCCGAGGGCGCCACCUUUCUGUCUUCCGCGAGAUGGAACCUAAGGCUAUUGCACGAGUUGGACGAACAGGCAGACAUCGUGUUGCGCCGAUCGACUUCUGGAAGAACGACAGGAUCAACUACAACCGUGACGGCAGCAUGCAAACGAUUGUCAAAGCGCCAUCACCCGAGCCGAUACAAAGGACCUCGACGUACUACAAGAAGGGCAAGAAGAAGGGCCUGGCUGUUGCAGAAGAGGAAGAAGUAGAACUCGACCCUUGGGAAGAAGACGACGGCUUCCUGACAGGAAACUACAAGGACUUCGAUCCCACCAACGAGUUCACCUCCCCUGGGCUCGUGGAAGGCGUUAUCGCCUGGUCAGACAAGGCCAUCAAGCCGGAACCUGUAGGAGACGGCUCAUUCCAGUACGCUAGGAUAGGCGGCAGCGGCCCUGCGGGCUUCUUCAACUGGGGCAUGAUCGAGCUGCGUGCGGAUCAGAUGAAGCGCUCCAAGAACUCGCGGAAAAUGCACAUGGUCUUCAAUGUCCACUCUGGCGCUGUCGAGGUCAAGGUGCACGAGAAUGAGUUUACAGUGCAUAGGGGUGGGAUGUGGCAGGUUCCGAGAGGCAAUACAUACAGCAUCAAGAACGUCGGCAGUACGACGGCAAGAAUCUUCUUCGCGCAAGCUCGCGAGUCGUUCGCGGAUGAAGAGUAGGCCGCGACAUACAAGUAUCACGCGCGUCGCGUUCAUUAGGUCCAGCGAAGAUCGUGUUUGCAGCUACACAUCGUGGAUUUGGGGCUCUCACGACAUGCAUCUUUCGAAUGAGAUUGUUGUUCUCCACAUCCUCC